UCUCUUCUUUUGUUCAUUGAAUGGUUUUGGAACAUGAAUAUGAUGAGUAUUAUCAUGAUGAGAACUCCACUUCUCAUGUCUUUCUUUGUCUUUCUUCAGCUUCUUGCUAUUCUUGCUCAUGCAAGAACUUUAUCAGAGAAUUCGUGGAAUAUGUUCACACAAAGUACUAAUUUGAAGAUGCCCACAAGUCUUCAACCUCCAUCUCCAGUAGAAAAGAAGAAAACAGGCGCCUCUACUUGUGCUCCAGAGAGUUCUUCAUGCAGCAAAUUCAUGAGAAUCACCCAAUAUCAAAGGCCCUCAACAUCUCCCCCUCCACCCCCAAAAUCACCAUUUGGGCCCGUUCCAAGCUCAAGACCUUCUCCUGCAGAGUGUCUCCGCAGUUCGUCGACGCCCCUACCAAGAAAUACUUCUCCUUGUUUAGCAGAGAGACUAUGCAUUAGAUUCAAGACAAACUAUUGUGGAAAGAGGUCGUCAUCAAGCACUCCCACAUCUCCUGCAUCCUCAUCGCUAGUGCGCCAUGUAAAGAGAAUAGAUUCUUAUCCUUGUUCAGCAAAAAGUCUGUAACAAAUUCUGGAACAUGAUGGACAACAAGAGGUCAUAACCUGUAGUAUCAUGGUUAAAAUCACCUCCUAGUCUGAGCCUAGCUUCAUCUUGAUAUGAUUCAAUCUUGUAAUGGAUAGAAUACUCCAUUUUCUCGGGGAAAAGCAGCUAGAAAAGGACCUAUAUGCCAUCAAGAGUGUUAGGUAUAUAUACUAGGUUAAAAUGAUAGAUAUUCUUAGAUAUACUUCAGUAUAGAAGUAUAGUAUGAUGGAUAUUCCUGUACUUUAGUAUCAGACAUCUUUCUGCUUUUAGAGUAAGGGUACUUUCUGUAUUUCGUAGCUAGCACAUCUAAAUGUCUACUGGUUGAUCUAUCUAAAAUUUUCUCAAGAGUUUAUGCGGUCCCAAACUUUUUAA